AUUUUUGUGUAAAUGUUUAUCCGGUGGGAGUGGAAGCUUGGAACUGGAAUUCCAGAUCUUCCAUGAUGUUGAUGAUGUCGAUGACUAUGGCGGCGGCUUCUUCACUAGGCGGCAUCAUCUCUUCGGCGGCUUCAUCUUCAUUUUCAUCUUCGUCAAGGGCUUCAAUACAGUGCUCUAUGGAGAGACAGGCCCUCUUCAACCGCAUUGCUCCGGUCUACGAUGGCCUGAAUGAUGUGUUGAGUUUGGGCCAGCACCGCCUUUGGAAGAGGAUGUCUGUAACUUGGAGCGGAGCGAAGAAGGGGGAUAGUGUUCUUGAUUUGUGUUGUGGGAGCGGUGAUUUGGCCUUCCUCUUAUCCCAUUAUGUUGGUCUCCAUGGGCAGGUGAGCGCUCUUGAUUUUUCGAGUGAUCAACUGUCCAUUGCUUCCUCCCGUCAGGAACUAAAUUGGAAGGCUUGCUACGACAACAUUAAAUGGAUCGAAGGUGAUGCGCUUGAUCUACCUUUUCCAAGUAGCUCUUUUGAUGCAAUUACCAUGGGCUAUGGAUUGCGCAAUCUGGUUGACAGAAAAAAGGCGUUGCAAGAGAUCUUUCGGGUUCUAAAACCAGGUUCAAGAGCUUCGAUUUUAGAUUUUAACAAGAGCACAUCUGCAAUAGCAAAAAUGUUCCGGGUAUGGAUGAUGGACAAUGUAGUUGUUCCAGUUGCAAGUACUUAUGGUCUAGCUGAUGAAUACAGAUACUUGAGAGACUCAAUCAAUGACUUUUUAACUGGAAAGGAGCUGGAGGAGCUUGCGAGAGGAGUGGGAUUUAACAAAGCUAAGCACUAUGAGCUCGGUGGAGGCCUCAUGGGCAACUUAGUUGUCACCAAGUAAAAAAUCAUUUAGCCCAUGCUUGUUUAGUGGUGCAUCAUCU